AUGGAGUUGCUUGAUGCUUGUGCAGUGCCAGAAAACUGUUUUGUGCCAACCUCUGAGAUCAUUGCUGUCGAAGAAACUGAACUUAACAAGAAACGGCGUAAUAUUGGCAAAUGGCAGAAAAUGGCAAAGCCACAUGCUUUCACAGUGUAUUAUGUGAAGAAAGCCCGAAAUCACCGCUGGCGGUGCAGUGAUGUGACCUUUUGGUGUGUUGAUGAGCACUUGUGUAAUCAGUGGAUCCAGGCGCUGAAAGAAUUACUUGAAAUGCAGAAGUCAAGACCAAAGCAGUUGCUUGUGUAUAUUAAUCCGUAUGGAGGAAAACGACAAGGGAAGAGGAUUUAUGAACAGAAAGUUGCUCCACUUUUUAGUCUGGCUUCUAUCUCCACUGAUGUCGUUAUAACUGAACAUGCUAACCAUGCUAAGGACAAUUUAUUUGAAGUUAAUAUUAAUAAAUAUGAUGGUGUUAUUUGUGUUGGUGGGGACGGCAUGUUCAGUGAAGUGAUGCAUGGUCUCAUUGGAAGAAUGCAGAAGGACUCUGGCAUAGACCAAAAUAAUCCCAAAGCACCGUUAGUCCAGUGCAAUAUAAGGAUUGUUGUUUAUUUUUCAGGAUCAACAGACUGCAUAUGCUAUUCAACUGUUGGCAUUUCUGAUCCUGUAACAUCAGCUCUUCAUAUUAUUGUAGGUGACUGUCAGCCUCUGGAUGUCUCUUCCGUACAUCAUAACAACACAUUUUUGAAGUACUCUGUGUCAUUGCUGGGUUAUGGUUUUUAUGGAGAUGUAUUAAAAGAUAGUGAAAAGAAGCGGUGGAUGGGUCCGAUGAGAUAUGACUACUCAGGCUUCAAGACUUUUCUUUCUCAUCAUUACUAUGAAGGAACAAUUGCUUUUCAACCAGCAAAGCACACACUGGGAUCUCCACGAGAUAAAGAUAGCUGCAGAACAGGAUGUUACAUUUGCAAGAAAAGUGAGCAACAGCUGGCAGAGCAGCACAAGGAAUGUGGAGUAAAACAUGAAGAAGAAGAAGAAUGGAAAGUUAUUAAAGGGAAAUUUCUAGCCAUCAAUGCAGUAAAUAUGAGCUGUGCCUGUCCACGAAGUCCAAAAGGUCUUUCACCAGCUGCUCAUUUGGCAGACGGUUCAGCUGACCUCAUUCUAGUUCGUAAAUGCUCCAGAUUUGAUUUUCUACGGUAUCUUGUCAGACAUACAAACCAAGAUGAUCAGUUUGACUUCUCAUUUGUAGAUGUUUAUCGGGUGAAGAGUUUUCAGUUUACAUCAAAGCUUUCAGAAGACAAUGAAAGCAAUGUCACAGACAUAGGAAAGAAACAUUUUGGCCAGUUCUGCAGAGAUCAUCCAGCCUGUUGCUGUAAUAUUGCUAAUAGCACCUGGAACUGUGAUGGAGAAACUCUGGACAGUUCAACAAUUGAAGUGAGGGUUCACUGCCAGUUAAUGAAACUAUUUGCAAGGGGAAUCGAGGAAAACUGUAAAGAUGAAGCUGCCUACAGCCAGAGUAGUGUUGAACAACUCCUAUAGACAUUGUUCCUCUAAUGGGGGGAAGAAAAAAUAAGAGCUCAAGGAAAUUGAGUAAAUAUGCAUUUUAGUCAAAUUGACAAGUAUUUUAAAAUUUUAGACAUUUUUUUUAUGGCUUCGGUAUAAUUUUAGACAUUGCAUUGUGUCAUUUUUUAGAAAACAUUGUAAUCAUUAAAAUACAUCUUGGAGCAAUGUAAUCUAAGUUGUGUUAGAACAGAGAGGAUUGGUGUAUAUAUAUGUGUUCACAGACUGAUAAAUUCUCUGUGCUUUUCUAGAGAGCUGAUUUAGCAGUUGUGUUGCAAUCAUAUCUAAAUGUUAUAAAACAUUGGUCUUUCCAUUGUCAUGAAACCAAGAUACCAAGACAAGAUAUUUUCAGUGUCUGAGAAGACAUUUUCUGCUGGAAGUGUUAUAUAGUUGCAUGUGGCUUAAAUGCUGGACAACAGUGUUGUCAUUCACAUCUUUUUUUAGUAAAAUCUAUCAUUUUGUAAUUCUGAUUAUACCUU